AGAAAGAAGAUGGCGAUAUGGGGCGUCGGGAGAGGAAGACCGAUGUUACGAUCUCGCUGGGCCCCUCAUCAACCGCGCGGCCGUCCUCAAUAGUCUGGAUCUGCGUUUCAGCCGCUUCCGUCAGAGGUGUCAAGGGUGGAUUACAUUCCCCAAUAUGAGACAUUGCCUCCUCGCGAGCUUGCGCAUCAUACCGGGCAUUGGCGAAGUCUCCCACAACACCAUCUGCCACAGGGGGUAUCAAUCCCGUCACGCCCUCCAUCUCCUCGGAUGAUGAAGUGAAAAUCGAUCAGGCCACACGCGAUAUCAUCAAGGCUCUUUGAGACUAUGCGGCGGAAGGGCAGUUACUAUGCCUUUUUGAUGGUGUCCUUGGCCGGGGUUAUCGUCGCACCUGCGAACGUCUACCGGCAGACCGCACAACUCGAAAUCUUAUACCUGCACCUUCGCGAUCGUUACCCUGAUAUCCCGAAGCCGGAGAGCAAUGAGCCAUCGGAAGAUCAGGUGGUCCGAGCAUCUACACUCGGCGAAGAUGAGGACGACGUUGACCUUGGCGAAGAAAAUGCAGGAGUCCCCAGAGGUGGCCCAUUGGUUGAUGCUGUGCGUUCAACGGAAAAGAGCAGUAUCGAAGUAUCCAAAGUAUUGGAACAUGAACUGCGAGCUGCCCACGCGGCAGCCAUCCUAGAAAACGACAGGAUCGUCAAUCACGCAAACCAGGAGAUGUUGCCGGAACAAGAACAGUCGCUGCGGAAGUAUGCUCAAGUAUUGGACAACGCAAUGGAAUCGAUCCGUCAGCUCGAGCGAAACGCUGCAGCAGUUGGGAAUCCCAUUCCGAUGACCGCAGAAUCCGGUCGGCUAAAAGGAAGGCGGGAACAAAUCGAGCAACGGCUUGCCAAAUUGCUCAAGUGGGCGGGGACCCCGAGUGAGCGCAAGCUUGAGUGGAACAAGGGUUCCAUUACUCAGAUUCCUGCCUACAAGAGGAUGCUGGAGGACUCAGAUAUGGAAGGGUUGACAGUUGUCUCUGCUCCACGGUUCGAUCUUUACUAUAAAAAGGGGCGCCCACACACAUGAUACACAACUGUUUGCGAUACCUGUGACAGAGCUCUAUCUUGGCAAUGGACACAUGACACAGGGUAUGGGCACUUCCAUUGGAAGGUGAUCAGGGCGGGUGACGAUGAGCAGGACGACGCAUACAUUUUG